AUGAAAAGCUAUAAACAUUCGGACACUUUUUUGAGCCACUAUACAGCAGUAUCGACAGAGGACCUAGGAGGAGAAGAUCUUGGGGUUAGUGAGGUCACCACAGGUCUCCAAGUUGACGAUGGAUGGAAGGCUCUUGACGGAAUUCCUUGCAUCAUGGGUGGAUUAACAGCGCUUGUUGCAUCUGUUGGCAGCACCCUGCGUGGACGUGCCCAAAACAACUUUCCCUGGAGAACCCUACCUAAGGAACUAGCCCGGCUUGGAUAUUUCCUCAUAGACUACCGACAAAACUCUGAUGCCUGGCGAGAUUUGACCUUCCCUCACUCGGUCCAAAGGUAUCCAUGA